UCUUUUUUCUUUUUCGUGGGGCAAAGCCUGAUCCUUUUGCUGUACAAUGGACAACUAAGUUUCAGUAAACUUCAAUUUCACGACUCGAAUGGUUGCUUAAAGAGGAGAAGAUCGAUCGGUGUGGAAGAAAUUGAUAAUACCCCAUUUGUUCGUUCUCAAAAGGGUUGAUCGAAGCUUCGAAACAACAGACAAUGAGGCCUGAGAUCGUUCUAUUUGGGGAUUCUUUGACUGCGCAAUCCUUCGGUUCAGGUGGAUGGGGAGCUGCGCUUGCUGACACUUACUCCCGAAAGGCCGAUGUCCUAGUUCGUGGCUAUGGCGGAUACAAUACUCGGUGGGCUUUAUUUUUACUUCAUCACAUUUUUCCUUUGAAGUUGGCUUUGCUAGGACAUUGCUUUAUAUGUUCCCAAGAGACAUUGGAUCCAGGGUUUAGUGGCUCAAAAUCGACUUGCCUUCACCAAAAUGCCUCAUUGCUUGAAGCCCAGCUCACAGGGUGUCCUCGCAGCAGGGGUUUCCAACCUUGCUUCCAUCCCAAAAAUACCCCGAAGGCCCCCAUUGUCGUGACAAUAUUCUUUGGGGCCAAUGAUGCAGCUAUUUUGGGGAGAACAAGUGAGAGACAACACGUACCACUUGAAGAGUAUAAGGAUAAUCUUAAAAAAAUGGUAAAUCAUUUGAAGGAGUACUCCCCCACGUCGCUGGUGAUACUUAUUACUCCUCCUCCUGUCGAUGAGGAAGGGCGUAAUGAAUAUGCACGAUCUCUUUAUGGUGAUAAAGCAAGGGAAUUGCCAGAGAGAACAAAUGAGGUAACUGGACUUUAUGCGAAACAAUGCCUUGAACUGGCUAAGGAAAUGGGUCUUCACGUCAUUGAUUUAUGGUCCAAGUUGCAAGAAACGGAGGGUUGGCAGAAAAAAUUUCUCAGGGAUGGAUUGCAUUUCACACCAGAAGGCAAUGGAGUUCUGCACCAAGAACUAGAGAAAGUACUGAAUGAAACAUCAGUUUCUGCUUCAAAAAUGCCUCUUGAUUUCCCACACCACUCAAAGAUAGAUGGAAAACACCCUGAAAAGGCCUUUCAAUAUCUUUCUUUGUGAUACUCUCAUCAUCUUGAUUUUCCCUUGUAAUCUUGUUUGAAGAAAGCUUUUAUUCUAUUUUAUUUUUUCUUUUGAAGUUGCUUAUUUGCAUUUGAGUGUAGACCAUAAUCAUUUGUGUUCUAUUUCGAUUUUGUUUGAUGAGUAAUGAAUGUUAAAUAUUUGAGAAGGAACAUGUGUGAAACACCUCAAGUUUAGAAGGAAAACAUGAAUGAACUAAGAUCACAUCCGAAUGAGAGAGAUCUUGAGGGUUGAGAA